CCGAAUAUGCAUUCAUGCAUUGUGACAGCUGUCAAAGGAGGUGAAUUGCACGGUGCCAGAUCACGCGGUUGGCGUGUUUAAAGAUAAAAGAGAUGUUCGAACAUUCAUGCAAAGAAUUUCGAAUUACUGAGCAAAUGAAAGAAAAAUAGUACAAAAGAGAACAGGUAAUUAUUUUCGUCUAGGCUUCAUUAAUGACCUAAGUAAAGAAUGACAGUGAAUUGUUCGACUAAUUUAUUGAAAAAUGUCCACGAGGAUCUAGCUUUACCAGAUAAUGGUGAAACGUAUUUAAUACAAGGGCAAUAUGAGUACUGGCAUUAUGGUUGCGAUGGUUUCAACGACAGGGGUUGGGGAUGUGGGUAUAGAACACUACAAACUAUCUGUUCCUGGGUCCUAAGUAAUGAGAGCUCGAAAGAGACCGUCCCAAGUAUUGAUGAGAUACAAAAAGCACUCGUUGCAGUGGAAGACAAAGACAGGACAUUUAUUGGAUCGAGAGAAUGGAUAGGAAGUUUCGAAGUGUCCGUUGUAUUAAACCAGCUAUAUGACAUUCUCAGCAAAAUAAUUCACGUAUCGAGCGGGAGACAGCUGAUAGAUCAGGUAGACAACAUUAAAAAACAUUUCGAGCAAUUCGGUAGUCCCAUUAUGAUGGGUGGAGAUAAAGACUGUUCCAGUAAGUGUAUAGUAGGAUUGCACGCUGGAAGUAAAGGCGUGUACUUGCUGAUCGUAGAUCCGCAUUUUGUUGGAAAGGCGAAAAAUGCGGGACAAUUGAGGAACGAUCGCUGGGUAAAGUGGCAAAAUUUGAAUAACUUUGUCGACAGCUCGUUUUACAACUUAUGUUUGCCGCAGCUCAAGUAUCGGCUGUGUAAUAAAUAAAAUAUAUUAUUCAUGUUACUGCAAAUUGCUGUGUAUAAAAUGCAGAGUCGGGAAGUAACGUGUUUAAAUAAUAACAUGGAGGAACAAUCGAA